CUCAAAACUCACGAUGAUCCAGCUGCUGAGUUUUCUGCUACUUGUGGCCCUUGCCUCAGGCUUUGGACUGCCUUCCCACAACCCCUCCUCCAGAGUCGUCAACGGUGAGGAAGCGGUCCCCUACAGCUGGUCCUGGCAGGUCUCCCUGCAGUAUGAAAAGAAUGGAGCCUUUCACCACACCUGUGGAGGCAGCCUCAUCUCCGCUGACUGGGUCGUAACUGCGGGCCACUGUGUCUCGAGCUCCUUGACCUACCAGGUGGUGUUGGGCGAGUAUGACCGCUCUGUGGAAGAGGGCCCCGAACAGGUGAUCCCCAUCAAUGCUGGGGACCUCUUCGUGCACCCACUCUGGAACUCCAACUGCGUGGCCUGCGGCAAUGACAUCGCCCUCAUCAAGCUCUCACGCAGCGCCCAGCUGGGAGACAAUGUCCAGCUCGCCAGCCUCCCUCCGGCUGGUGACAUUCUGCCCAAUGAGACACCCUGCUACAUCAGCGGCUGGGGCCGUCUCUACACUGGUGGACCACUCCCAAACAAGCUACAGGAGGCCCUGCUGCCCGUGGUGGACUACAAACACUGCUCCAAGUGGGACUGGUGGGGCAGCACUGUGAAGCAGACCAUGGUGUGCGCCGGCGGUGACACCCGCUCUGGAUGCAAUGGUGACUCUGGAGGACCCCUCAACUGCCCGGCAGCAGAUGGUUCCUGGCAGGUCCACGGUGUGACCAGCUUUGUUUCUGCCUUUGGCUGCAACACCCUCAAGAAGCCCACGGUGUUCACGCGGGUCUCGGCCUUCAUUGACUGGAUUGAGGAGACCAUUGCAAACAACUAGAACUAAGGCUGGGGCGGCAGUGCCCACCCACUCUCUUUGUGAAAAAUAAAGAUCUCUCAGAAAAGUCCAA